ACACUGAAUACUGAAUACGAUCAAUCGGCGGCAAAUCGGCUGCUUUCGACGGCCCUAACUCCGGCUGGAUAUGCUCAGAAGUACAGAGAAAUUGUAAGAAAAUGCCGAAGAGGACGACUCACACAUAUUCGAGUGAAGACGCAAGACCUGACGGUCCCGAUUCCGAUCUUUUCGUUUACUACUGCAAACACUGUGGAUCUCAUGUCCUCAUCACUGAUACCCAGUUGCAGAAGAUGCCAAAAAGGAAGACCGAUAAAGCACAUGUUCUAGACAAGAGUAAACAUCUUGCAAGGCUAAAUGUGAAUGAAGCUGGAAAAGUUCUUCUGAAACGUGGAGAAGGUAAAUUGGAGAAGCAAUUCAGAAUGAACUGCAUGGGAUGUGGGCUGUUUGUUUGCUAUCGGUCAGAGGAAGAUUUGGAGUUUGCAUCAUAUCUAUACGUUAUUGAUGGUGCUCUCAGUGCAGUUGCUGCUGAAACCAACCCUCAGGAUGCUCCAGUACCCCCUUGCAUAACACAAUUAGAAGGAGGCCUUGUUCAAGUGGCGAUAGAAGUAGAAGACCGUGCACAACGUUCUGCAGUUACAAGAGUAAAUGCUGAUGACGUUCGAGUAAGUGUGGCUGCACCCGCAGCUCGUGGUGAAGCUAACAAUGAACUUCUAGAAUUCAUGGGCAAGGUAUUAGGUUUGAGAUUGAGCCAGAUGACUCUUCAGAGAGGAUGGAAUAACAAAUCAAAGCUCCUCGUGGUGGAGGAUUUGUCGGCUAGGCAGGUAUAUGAGAAGUUGCUGGAGGCGGUUCAGCCCUAAGCCUUGGAACACAUAAAGAUGUAUUAAGACCUUUCUCCUCAGCUUCUGAAGUUUAAUUUGUAUUUCAAAAACAUGGAUCCAAUACUUCUAAUACAUUUCAGUUCACAAGAAAGCUUGGAAGUUGAGUAUCCUAGUUUGUAGGAUGACAAAUCUCAAGAGUGCUUGCUUUAUUUGAAAACACAUUUUCUGUAUUUUUUCAUUUCUGACAGAUUAGUCUGAUCGAUGUGGAUCCUGUUUGUACUUUGUAUCACAUUUAAUCAUGUUCUUUUGUUGGCUAAAUAUU